CUGAACGGUUUCAGCAUGCCGAUUCAUCUGGCAUAGCCUCACGGGUACACAGAGAUGGAACUGUACGCACGCGAAAUAAUUAGGUAGGGACUAAGCUUUGGACGAUCGGAGGUGAUUGACGUAUGGGCGAUACGCUAUGCACUGGCCCACCUUGUCUUCCUAAACUUGCUCCUGGGAGCUUGUGUCCUUUCCCGUCUUCAACUGUUCACUUCUUUUCAUAUUGGCUUCUAGAUCGAAGUCUCUUUUUUUCGUUUCGUUUCGCCGCGCGAUUCCUUCUUUACUAUUUCUUUCCAUACCUUCUUUUCGUGCUCGCUACCGGCCGAGCUUUUUUUUUAUUUUUUUUAUCUUGCUUUCGUUUCGUCCUAGCGACUGAUUUCUUAGCGUGUGGAUUUGGGUGGCUGUUCGGAGGUUUGGUCUAUCGAGAGCAGUAAUAACGAUUUGGAUACCGAUACUCGAGGUCACAGUUGAGACCUUUUACUCCUCGACUCAUAACUCUUUUGAGGACAUGCGGCCGUCUUGAGAAAA